CUGUGUUACCAUGUCAUGGAUAUGAAGAGAUAUGAGUGUAGAUGUGGGAUUUGUGGGAUUGUGGGCCCACCUGUCAUGGUGUCCGUGUGUAUAGAAGUGAAUGUGUGCUGUGCUGGUGUUUAAUAGAAAGACGUGUGUGUAAUGUGUGUAAUGUGUGAGCCCCCAGUGCAGGUAGUGAGUGUUCAGUACAAUGAGUGAGUCUCUGUAUCAGGGAUCAUGUGACAAGAGGGAAGAUUUAGUUUCUGUCUUGUGGCAAAGUGUCUUUCCUUGUGCAGCGAUAACGGCAAUAAAUUGCACAGUAAUCACAAACAUGUGUCUGUCCCCUGGGGUCCCCCCGCCUUGACUAGAGGAGUUGCACAGGACACGGUGCGAUUUAGCGCAACCUCGAUCACUUUUUUACAGACACUUGCAGCGGCGCUGGGGGAUUAUAUAUCAGUUGAUCAGUCACAGGGAAGAGACGUGUAAUAAUAAGCGGAUGGAUCUGCCCCGGCUCCCCCCCACACACACAGCAGAUGGACUUGCCCGGCCAGUACUAAGCGAAGCAUGAAGAGGAGGGGGUGGAUAAUCAGGCGCUACUGAAGGGCCUUAUCAUGAGUGGGAGUAAGAGGAGGGGGAUCUCCGCUUGGCAGAAGCUGAUGGCCGCACUGCAGGCUACUCCUGGCACAUCGCCGCAGCAAAGCCACAUUGGAGCUGCAGGGAUCGCCAUUGUCAUUACUUCAAGUCGCUCCAAAAACCUAAUGGAGGUUUUGUAUUAAUCCCACUUAACCCGCCGUAAAAAGUGACGAUCCCCCCUCUCUCUCAGCCACCUCCUCCUCCUCCUCUGUUCUGUACUGCGGUGGUAGCGAGCGCGCAUGCGCCGGGGCUGGUGAGCUGAUGCUGCAGAUAUAAAGGCGAGCAGUGUCUGUGAGAGCGGGAGGGGGAGCGUUUCAUCAGUCAGUCAGGGAGUGAGGCAGCAGCAGCCGCUUCUCUGGGACAGGGGACUCAAUUGUCGCUCUCACAUCAUCAUUUCUUAAAGGCAGAUCAAUAUAUGAAAGUACUGGAGAAAUGCGCCGUGGGGGUGAAGUUGAACUCACCUCAGGGGUCGGUGUCGCAUUUCUAUUUGCUAUUGACAUAGUCACUAACGCUGCCAUUUCCCUGCUCCCUGCGCUGAGUGUGUGUCUCCUGGAACUAAACUUCUGUCUGAGUCGCAGUCAGACCUAAUAAAUCGCACACACUGUGUCGGACAGACGAGGACGCACACGUGCUUUGUUGCAGCGCGUCUGAUAUAAUUCACUCACAGACACAUACCGACACAUGUCUACACUCGAUACAGACACAAUCGCACACUCCUACACUAUCAUAUAUAUCGCUCACACAUUCACUGACACACACACACACCUGCUGUGUGUCACAUUGAUGUUGCACCACAUGACUCCAUAGGGAUGAAGGACAGACACACCGGCACAUAGUGACAAGGCAGAGCCCGACCUGCUCUCAUAUUCAGCUGUUUCUCCCAAUGGAUGAGCAAAAUCUGAACUUCAGACACGACUGGGACUAGUAUCCAUUUGUAUCAGUUCCUGGGCUGUGGCACCUACACUGUCGCAUCUGUUAAACUGUGUUCCUGGAGGGGCUCAGCAGUGACCCCCUCAAACCACUGACAUUCUUUUAUUGAGACUCUGUCCAACUCCCAGCACCAAAAAGUACCACCUGCAAAUAAACACCCACUCACCAACUACCCAUGGCCUGAGAGAGACCAACUGCAACCUGCUGUCUUCCACAUGUGCUUCAACUCCCAGUACCCCUCAAUAGGGUGCAGGGAGUUGGACUGUGGAGGUAACCCGACCCUGAGCAGUGGAAACAUAAUGACUGGUUCGUUUAGAAAUGAGAAAUGCAAUAAUUCUGCAAUAAUAAAAAAAAUAAAUGUGUAGGAUGAUGCUAAUCCAAUCUAUGUGGCGUCUGUGUAAUCCUAUAGCUCUACAUCAGCUCCAUCUCCUGCUAUCCUAAUAAGAAAGAGCAGGGAAGUGUAGUUUAGCCGCAGCGAGAGGGCUGCAGUUUGGAAUGCUGUCUGUCCAGCUGCCAUCGCACCACUAUAGGCUGGCACUGGCAGUAGCAGCAGCAGCAGUCGCAUCAGCUCAGAUUUGUGAAGUGAAACGUCUGCUCCUCUUGUUCCUGCUUCCAGUCUGAAGCGACUGCAACGUCCAGCGACUUGGGACAAACUUGCUGCUUAUCAGACACUGACAGCCAGACCUGUGUCUUCAAUAAACCCCUGUGCAUGGGCCACUAAUCGCCAGCAAGCGCGUAUGGUCGCCCGCUGAGAGAUGGCUACCAUGUGGGCAAAAUCCCAUCUAAGGAAAAUAUCACCGCAUACACAUCGGGAUUUUCCCCUUGGCUUUUCAUUCAUUUGAGAUGCCUUGGUGGAUGUAACCCCCCCCCCCCUUCCCUCCACCCACGCACCCGACCACCACCCUCGGUGGCGACCCCCCGCCCCCAAGCACCGAGGCUGUGUGUAACCUCUGAACUGCAGGAUCAAGUGGAGCUCCGUUACCUGCAUUGGGACAAGAGCAGCGGGGAGAGGGGGAGGAGAGAGAGAGAAGGGGGAAGAGCGAGGGGAGAGACUCUGCAAUAUCAUUUGUGAAUCGCGCUCAGGGCUGCAGAUACAUAUUCCUACUGCUGCUGCUGCUGCUGCUUUAAUAACACAUGCAGCAGGAUUGCAGGUAGCACCGACUGCGGCUGUAUCGCUAGCAACUUGGAGCUGUCCCUCAGCACUGGGGGGAAAGAGAGACAGAUUCGACAGGAACUUUGGGCAGCCCCAGGGACUGAUUAACAUUGAGGAUCUACUGGGUUUUUUUUCCACUCCAGCAGCGGAUCUUAUUCUGGAAUAAAACGUUUCUGCUGCUACUGCAACUGUCAGAUCUGGGUGACAGCGAUUACUGCCUCUUGCUUUUCAUCAGAGGGAUCAGUUGUUGGCUGUCGGACGUGGGAGACAGUUACUGUUUGUCGGCGGUGGCUGCUUUCUGUCCCAGGAACUAACAGAGAGAGUCGCGCCAAGUCGCAGGGAUGAGCUGUUAAACUUGCGGGAAUCGCUAAGAGCCGAGCAGCCAGAGAGCGUGUGUAGCCCCGGUGCGUGCAGUUCAGUGCAGGGGGGAAUGAUGAGGACUGAGGGGACACAGAGUUGCUGGAGCUCGUGGCUGCUGAUGCUGCUUCACAUUUCACUGACUGUGGCCGCCACCAAACAGCUGCUCAAGUACCGGAUCGCGGAGGAAGGACCGGCCGAUGUGCGGAUCGGUAACGUGGCCAAAGAGAUCGGGAUAGUGAAAGGCUCCGGGGACGUGACCUUCAGCCUGGAGUCCGGUUCCGAUUACUUUAAGAUCGACAACGUGACCGGGGAACUGAGCACCACGGAGCGGCGGAUAGACCGGGAGAAGCUGCAGCAGUGUCAGAUGAUCUUCGACGAGAACGAGUGUUUCAUAGACUUUGAGGUGUCGGUGAUCGGGCCGGCGCAGAGCUGGGUGGAGCUGUUCGAGGGCAGGGUGGUCAUCCUGGACAUUAACGAUAACACCCCGACCUUCCCGUCCCCCGUGCUCACCCUCACCGUGGAGGAGAACCGGCCCGUGGGGACUCUGUACCUGCUGCCCACCGCCACCGACCGCGACUUCGGCCGCAACGGGAUAGAGCGCUACGAGCUGAUCCAGGACGCCGGGGAGAGUCUGUAUGUGUCCGGCCGAAGGGGGGCGCCAGAGAGUGGCCUGUACCCGGGCAAGAGGAGGAUGGAGUCGGACGGCAGGAGCAGCGUGUUUGAGCUGCAAGUGGCCGACACCUCGGAUGGGGAGAAGCAGCCGCAGCUCAUUGUCAAGGGGCCGCUGGACCGGGAGCAGAGGGAUUCCUAUGAGCUCACCCUGCGGGUAAGAGAUGGGGGAGAACCUCCUCGAUCGUCCCAGUCCAUUCUCAGGGUCCUCAUCACCGAUGUCAACGACAACAGCCCCCGGUUCGAGAAGAGCGUGUACGAGGCCGACCUGGCAGAGAACAGCGCCCCGGGCACCCCUAUCCUGCAGCUCAGAGCCGCCGACUACGACGUAGGGGUGAACGGUCAGAUCGAGUACGUGUUCGGGGCAGCGACCGAGUCGGUAAGGAGACUUCUCAGGCUGGACGAGAACUCCGGUUGGCUCAGCGUCCUGCACCGGAUAGACCGGGAGGAAGUCAAUCAGCUGAGAUUCACCGUCAUGGCCAGAGACAGGGGGCAGCCCCCCAAAACCGACAAGGCCACGGUGGUGCUGAAUAUAAAGGAUGAGAAUGAUAACGUGCCCCUCAUAGACAUCAGGAAGAUCGGCAGGAUCCCAGUGAAGGACGGAAUGGCCAAUGUGGCCGAGGAUGUGCUGGUAGAUACCCCUAUAGCUCUGGUGCAGGUGUCCGACAGGGACCAGGGGGAGAACGGAGUGGUCACGUGCACUGUAGUCGGCGACGUCCCGUUCCAGCUGAAACCCGCGAGUGACGGGGAGGGGGAGCAGAACAAGAAGAAGUAUUUCCUGCACACCUCGGCCCCCCUGGACUAUGAGAACGUUAAGGAAUACAAUGUCAUCAUCGUGGCCGUGGAUUCGGGGAGCCCCAGCCUGUCCAGCAACAACUCCCUCCUCGUCAAAGUGGGGGACACCAACGACAACCCCCCGGUGUUCAGCCAAGCGGCGGUGGAAGUGGCUUUCCCUGAGAACAACGUACUGGGAGAGCGAGUGGCCACAGUCCUGGCAACAGACGCCGACAGCGGCAAAAACGCCGAGAUCGCUUAUUCCCUGGAGCCUCCUAUGGACGGGAUCUUCUCCAUUCACCCCGACACCGGCGAUAUCACAGUCAAUAUCAUCCUGGACCGGGAGCAGACGGACAGGUACGAGUUCAGAGUGGUCGCCAAAGACAAGGGCAUCCCCGUCCUGCAGGGGGCGACCUCAGUGGUGGUGCAAGUGGCCGACAGAAACGACAACGAGCCCAAGUUCAUGCAGGACGUGUUCACUUUCUACGUGAAGGAAAACUUGCAGCCCAACAGCCCAGUGGGAAUGGUGACCGUGAUGGACUCGGACAAAGGUCGCAAUGCAGAGAUGAGUUUAUUUAUCGAGGAGGACAGCGAUAUCUUCUCCAUAGAGAACGAAACGGGGACCAUCUACUCCACCGUCUCCUUUGACAGGGAACACCAGACCAGCUACACGUUUAGGGUGAAAGCAGUAGAUGGUGGAGACCCUCCCAGAUCAGCCACUGCCACCGUGUCCCUGUUUGUGAUGGAUGAGAAUGACAAUGCCCCUUCCAUUAGUUUCCCAAUUAACACUUCCUAUGCUGUGCUGUCCCCUGCCAGCAACGUGAGAACGGUGGUGGCCUCAGUAGUGGCAACUGACAGUGACAAUGGAGUCAAUGCUGAUCUCAACUACAGCAUCGUAGGGGGGAAUCCCUAUAAGCUCUUCGAAAUUGACUCCACCAGCGGAGUGGUGUCUUUGGUUGGCAAGCUCACCUCUAAGCAUUAUGGGCUGCACCGACUAGUAGUGCAAGUGAAUGAUAGCGGGCAACCCCCCCAGUCGACAAUAGCCCUGGUGCACGUGUUCGUCAAUGAAACCAUCUCCAAUGCCACAGUGGUCGACUUCCAAAUUGCCAGAAGUUUGCAUACCCCAUUAACCCAGGAUAUCGCUGGAGACCCCAGCUAUGACAUGAGCAAGCAGAGACUGAGCAUAGUCAUAGGAGUGGUGGCUGGCAUCAUGACUGUCAUUCUGAUCAUACUGGUGGUGGUCAUGGCCCGUUACUGUCGAGCCAAAAGCAAGAAUGGCUACGAAGCCGGCAAAAAGGACCACGAGGACUUCUUCACCCCCCAGCAGCACGAUAAGUCUAAAAAACCCAAAAAGGACAAGAAAAAUAAGAAGUCCAAGCAGCCCCUGUACAGCAGCAUAGUCACAGUGGAGGCUUCUAAGCCAAACGGACAGAGAUAUGACAGUGUCAAUGAGAAACUGUCGGACAGCCCCAGCAUGGGAAGGUACAGAACUGUCAAUGGAGGUCCAGGUAGCCCUGAUCUCGCCAGGCAUUACAAAUCCAGCUCCCCGCUGCCUACUGUACAGCUCCACCCUCAGUCGCCUACUGCUGGCAAAAAACACCAGGCUGUGCAAGACUUACCCCCGGCCAAUACUUUUGUAGGAGCUGGAGACAACAUCUCAAUUGGAUCAGAUCACUGUUCCGAGUAUAGCUGUCAAACCAACAACAAGUACAGCAAACAGCCAUUUCGUAGAGUGACGUUUUCUGUUGUAAGUCAGCCCCAGGACCCGCAUCAGGGAUCGUUGCAGAGUUGCUAUGACAGUGGUUUGGAGGAGUCAGAAACACCAAGCAGUAAGAGUUCUUCAGGACCAAGACUCGGUGCCUUACCACUCCCAGAAGACAACUACGAGAGAACAACGCCAGAUGGCAGUGUUGGUGAGGCAGAGCAUAUGGAAAAUGACUCGAGACCCCUGCCGGAUGUAGCUUUGACAGGAAAAUGCACUAGAGAAUGCGAUGAAUAUGGCCACUCAGAUUCCUGCUGGAUGCCAGUUCGCACAUCACCUGAAAGGAAACGGAAAACCCAACCAAAGCUCUCCACAUUCAUGCCAGUCGAUGAACGGGAUAGCCAAGAACAGUUGGCCAAUGGGGAAGUAACCCUUAUGGGAGAUCGCAACAGGAAUCUACUUAACAAAAAGCUAGCAUCGUAUGAGACCUUCAACACAGCUACAUACAGCAAAAGUGAAGAAGCCAAUCCAGAGGAUAUUCCUCUUACACAAACAGGGGAAUACAAGCCAUCUCCUGUCAAUACUUUAACUAGAAGAGAAGUCUAUCUGUAAGCUAUUCAAGCAAUGGGGUUCUUUUAUGUCAAACAAGGAAAGAAAUAAGGCAAAACUUUACUAUAGCAAGAAUACACAGUAACUCAGAAAUAAGAGGGGGCCACCAAAGAGACAAAUGCUUUGCCUGCCAAGUUUGCCUCCAUAUCAGGCACUUAAUUAUUGUUUGCUUGAAUAUAAUGUGAUAUGUAAAGAUCAUUGUUGUUAAUUGCAUGUAUGAAUACCAUUCACUGCUGUUUUGUUUACUAAAGUGAUGGUUGCAAGUUUCUUUCAUUGUAACUGGCCUUUGUAAAAAAAAAAGGGAAAUUGUGUGUAUGGACAGAGUUUCAAAAGGAGGGGCAUCCAUAUGGACCACCUGAUUAGUGUCUAAAGGAUUACUGGCCAUGCCAGUAUCAUACCCUGUACAGUGACUGUCAGUUUCUCUUGUAUGGACAUCCUGGGAUUUACUUAUUGGUGGCAGAAGGUGCUGUCAUCCUACGUGAGAUUCACCUAAAAACAUACAUAUAAAGUCUAGCUGUUAUCAUCUUGCUUAAGCAUGUAUUAUAGCCAUUUAGUUCUGUCUGACUGUAAACUAGCUUGUAAACAUCACGUCAGAAAAUGAUAAUCAAAACAUAUCAGAAUAGUGUGCAUUAAAAAAAAUUACCAAAUAAAUAAGCACCUAAAACAUUAGAUUUUUCUUACUUUUUGGAAAAUGCAUUUAGAAUCUAGGUCAAAGAUUUCUGUUAUAUUACAGGAAAAAUAAAACAGGAAGCAAAAUGUAAAUGUUAUUUUAUAGAUAUAUCACUUUAAAAAAUUAACUUUAUUGGUAAUCUGCUAUACAAAUCCUAGUAGACAAAAUAGAUAAAUAUAUGAAAAAUGUUUUAGAAAUAUUGCAAUUUUUCUUGGGAGAAAGGGUUAUUAGAAGGCACUUGGCCAAAGAACUAAAAACAAUAAAAGUAGUAAUGAUUUUCCAUGACAAAAAUUGGCAUAAAAAUGGUUUGCACUAAAUUCUAUGCUGUAUGUGUUUGCUUUACACUGAAACACUGCAGAAAAUGGAUGGAAACAGCUUGAUACAAUGGCGUGCCUUCAACAAGUUGAAUAUGCUAAUGUCAGUUUAGAUGUACUUGUGGUCACUUUAUAUUUAUAUUUUAUAGAAGAAAUUCUAUACAGAAAUUUCCAUUAGAGGUUUGAUGUAAUGCAGAAUCUUAACCUAUCUCACAUUGAUAUAAUUGAUAAGAUCAUUUUCAAGGAAUUUUUUUGAAACAAAGAUUUUAGUAGGUGCAGGGAUGGACAGUAUAUAUUGAAUAAUGGCAUGCUAUAAUGGUAUAUUGAGGUAACCGUAGCUCACCUUUACAUGUAUUUCAUUUUCCCGUAUAAUUUGUAAAAUGCUUAAUUUUUAAAUUGUUUCAUUUUAUACAUGUAUUUUUAACAUUAUAAUUGUAUCUCUUUGGCGGCCCUUUUCACAUUUUUUCCACAUUUUCCACACACAUUCAUGAAAUCAUAGAUAAAAAUAUAUAUAUAAAAAAAAACAUUUUGGAAAAAUAUAGUCAGAAGUUUUAAACCUGUUGCACUCAUACCCUACCACACAUAUACAUAUAACUUGUAUGUGUGGUAAUAAGGGAGGGAAGACUGUUCGUGAUAUAUACUACUGUAAUUUGUGUGUUUUUCUUUUAUUUCUAGGAUUUAGAUUACUUUUCUUUUAUGGGUCACCGAACACACCCUUCGCCUUUUUUUUGCAUUUAUUUAGAAAUAUCUUCUGCUAAUGCUUUCGCUGAAAUAAUGAAUAACAUUUUUUCCCAGUAGUAAUAUUUUUUGGGUGCAUAUCCAUUGAUACCUCUCAGUUCCGAGAGCUAAUAUAAUGCAUAAACAAAUCGACAUUGAGUCUAGCCAUUAAACAGUUUAAAACCAGAAAUGACUUUUUUUAUAUUGCUGAAAGGGAGAGCAAUGCUCUUUAUGUAUUAAAAGAAAUUAUUUGAACAUUCACCAGUGUAAAAAGCUUUAGAACCUUGAUGAGGUGGAGAAAUUCUAAUAUCUGAAUAAGUUGAAGGACCAGUGUCAUUAAAUCAAUAUCCAUAUGCCUUUAUGCAAAACACCUUCAGCUUACUACAUUAUUGUGCUAAAGACAUUACAGUAUACAGUACCUUUUAUAUUCACUUCUAUGCAAUGGAAUGGAAAUCUUUGCCACAAUUCUUUCUGGGAGGACUGUCAUGAACGAUAACCACCACUGUAUCGAGCACUGCUGUGUUACAGAAGUGCUUUACAUAGAAAGUUCACCUUUCAGAGUUGCCCCAGUGGACUUUUUACUCUACGACAGUGGUUGUUGGAGUUAUUCAGUUCAAACCCCCACUGGAAGUCCAUCCUUUGGUCAGUAACCCCCUUAACAAGGUUACAGAUACACAGUAGGAACACAUUGCUGAAACAGUGUUUCCAAGAAAAUCUAGGACAGGAAAUACAUGUUUCACACUCUAACCCUCAAGUGUAUCCAAGAAGUGUAUCCAAACAUACAACACUUUCCAAAAUGCUAGCCCUGCAGCUCGUGAAACAAUGCUGCGAGGUCCCUAUCACAUUCAUACAACACACAUACUAUCAAUUUCAUCAGAAGCCAAAUUAAUCCACAAUAAAAUAAGCCUCAAAGUUCUAAACAUUUACCAUUAAAUUGUUUUUUUUUUGGACAUUUUUGAUCAUACUGGUCCUAUAACAGGCGAUCAAGGGAAGAUUAACUUUUUUAGUUCUGCUCUGUGUAUUACAGUAGUAAUACCAAGUACCAGCACAUAUCUCCAAUACGGCCAUUGUGUUGCUUUAUUUAUAUCCAUCAUGUUAUAGCAUCCUUUUUUAUAUAUUAGUAAAAAAUUCUGUUUUGGUCUUUCCUUUAAAUACAUUUUAUUAGCGGGAAAAUUGUGGAAGCAAUUUCAAACUCAUUGUAUAUAGAAACGCUCAGUAAAUUUAGAAGAGCAACAUGUACAGUAACCAUCUUAACAUGUUGAUUACUAUAUUUAAUUAGCAUGAUAAAGGAACAGUAUUUUGCAUUAGUACUUUUAGCUUUUAUUGGAAGUAGAUUAAGUCUGUUGCUACUCUGUAUAUUUAAAGGUUUUGUAAAAUAAAAAAAGGUUUAAAAAAAUGCCUAAAAAUGGAAAAACAAUAAAAAGAGUGAAUGCAAAUGAUGCACCUGUGCCUUUUAUACACGUCAUCGUAAGGUGGUUGUUGGGUUUGGUCAUUAAAGGUUCUGGGCUCAUCCCAACUUUGAAACUUUAUACUCAUUUUACUUUUUUUUCUGAUGAUUUAUAAAAAUGUACAAAAAGAUUAAAAAAUAACAAAAACCCUAAGUUCUCUUAAACUCAGUAAAUCUUUGAUAAUAUUGGCCUCCUUUAUACUGCAGAACCUUGCAGCAUUGUCCUGAGGUUUGAAACCUGUGUUGGUUAGUAAUAAAGCAACAGUCUUGGAUUUGUUAUCAAAAUGUUUUCCUACAGUUCGGCAAUAUCUGGUAUGAAAUAUGCUCCCCAGAUCACUCCCUAGACAGGGCACUUUUUGACAAGUGCAUUCUGCAGGUCAGAAAUUGUUUUGAAUACAUGCCUGUAGUGCCUUAGUGUCCUUUCUUAAAGGGAUGAUAUGGUGAGCCAGGUCUGCAUAUUUUGAGACCACAACACCUAUCAUCCUAAGGGUGCACAUGGGUAUUGUAGUCAAUAACAUCUGCAGACCUUCAACAGCUGGCAGAAACAACAAUUAGAACAUGACAGCAAAGGCAAAGCAAUUUACCAACCUCCCAUGCUUGCAAAGAAGUUGAGUAGUUUCUUUAUGCUGAAUUGUGCUGCUGCUUUCAUUUGUAUAGUAAUCAUAUGAAAUCCUUCCACUGGUAACUCAAUGGAAGUGUGCAUGCAUUUAUCAUUACCUUAUGGAUUUAUGCAAAAUGGGUUACUGUUUUUAUGUGUGUAUAUAUAAAUAUGUACAAAGCAGGUCUGUAAUCUCAAUCGAAUAGCCUACUGCUCUUUCUCAUCCACCAAAUGUACUGUAUGUAGACAAAUAAGUGCAGUAUGAUUUCUCACUGACCAGCCUGCUGCUUGUUUUCCACUUAAAGAGUAGGCAUCUCUCUUAUGCAGGGAUGGGAGAUAGUGAUGGGCGAAUUAGCGAAACGGCGUAAAAUUUUCGAAACGUCGCCGGCGUCUCGUUUUAUUGACGCCGGUGUCCGUUUUUUUGACGCCGGCAUCUGUUUUUGACGCGUCUGUUUUCUUUUUGGGGGCGCUGGUGACAAUUUUUUUUGACGACGGCCGUUUCGCGAAUUUAUUCAUCGGCGGUGAAUCGCCCAUCACUAAUGGGAGACAACUAAAGGGAAGAAAGAGAGAAAGAAAACAAAAUGCUCUGGGAUACAAAUAAGAGGGGGAACAUUUGUUUCCUAAUGCCAUGGAAAGUACAGCCAUUCUUAUCUUUGUUUUGAAGCUCAGAAAACACAAGUUGUCCUGCAGGGUUUAUAGCCAUUUUGUAAAGCAGUUGUUCACUACCACAAAAAGUUAUGCUGCUCCUCAGAAUUCGCUCAGAACUCCUAGUACAUAGGGUAUUUGCUAGCCAUGAAGAGAACCUUUCUCCCCAGCUGGGUGUUGAAGAGAAAUUGCCAGUGAUCCUCCUAUAAGAUGUUUGGUGGCUGAAUAAAAGGGUAUAAUGCACUAUAAUGCACCGACUGCACUAAUCGGUGUGUGUGUGGAUCCGUUUCUUUUACACGUUGCCUUCUAUAAGAGGGCCACCUACUGGAAGGAUAUGACUUAUAUGUGCAGCUGGUGUAUGAGAAGAAGCAUAUAUUAGCUCUGCAAAAGGGAUUUAACCCAUGCAGAAAAACAAAUUUAGUUGCCCUGUGCAAUGAUUUUCAAAUAUGAAGAGUAGAUAAAAAGUAACUGAAACAUGAAAGGGCUGUGUGGCUUUAAGCCUAUAAGCAGAAUGUGUUAUCUCUUGUUAACCUGGGGUAUGUUUUCAGCUACUGUCAUUUUCCUUAAAAUCAAAGCACUUGCAUUCAGUGUGGUACGAUCUGUUUGUAAUAUUAAUCAUUGACUAUUGUUCUGCAACUUGGAUGUUGAUAGUGAAGCAAAGAACAAUUUAUCAUUGUUUAUUAUGAGUCACUAUGCACGCAGCUAUGCUAAACAAGCAAAAUGUAUCAAACGCUAGUCCACUUCUAUUUAUGAAAUAUUUUACAUAAUUUAAUUUGCUUUUGUACAGUUUUCUGUAAAUAUAUUGCUUGUCAUUUCUUUACCCCCCCCAUUCUUUGCAGAUUAAAAUAUAAUAUGUUUAAAAUGGUCUCAUUCUUUCUAGCGUGCUUCCUGUAUUAACAAGGAGCGCAUUGUCCAUUUAAAAGGAACCGCACAAAUUCUUAUGACAUUUUGGUUAAAAGCUUUUCGGAAUCUUGCCUGUAUAGACACGGAGAAAGAAAAUUGUUCCAAUUAUUGUCCACUUCAGUUGAUGAUGUAACUAUUGCAUGUCGUUGGCUUUCAUAAUGAAAUAUUGCAUGGAUUAACAGUGCACUUUCAGCAGAAAUACUCUUACAGUUCUCAUCUGACCUGUUUUUAAAGUGUGAAUAAAAUACUGGAAAUGGCAA